AUGGAUAUAGGCGACGUUCAGGAGGGUGGUUUCAUGGAUAUAGGCGCCGUUCAGGACGGUGGUUUCAUGGAUAUAGGUGACGUUCAGGAGGGUGGAUUAAUGGAUAUAGGCGCCCUUCAGGAAAGUAGUUUAAUGGAUAUAGGCGUCGUUCAGGAAAGUGGUUUACUUGAUAUACGCGUCGUUCAGGAGUGUGGUUCAGUUGAUAUACGCGCCUUUCAGGAGGGUGGUUUAGUUGAUAUAGGCGCCGUUCAGGAGGAUGGUUUAUUUGAUAUAGGCGCCUUUCAGGAGGGUGGUUUAGUUGAUAAACGCCGUUCAGGAAGGAGGUUUCAUGGAUAUAGGCGACGUUCAGAAGGGCGUCGUCCGGGAGAGGAUUUACUUGAUAUAGGCGCCGUUCAGGAGGGUGGUUCAGUUGAUAUAGGCGCCGUUCAGGAGGGUGGUUUCAUGGAUAUAGGCGCCGUUCAGGAGGGUGGUUUAGUUGAUAUAGGCUCCGUUCGGGAGGGUGGUUUCAUGGAUAUAUGCUCCGUUCAGGAGGGUGGUUCAGUUGAUAUAGGCGCCGUUCAGGAGGGUGGUUCAGUUGAUAUAGGCGCCGCGCCGUUCAGGAAGGGUGGUUUCAUUGAUAUAGGCGACGUUCAGGAGGGUGGUUCAGUUGAUAUAGGCACCGUUCAGGAGGGUGGUUCAGUUGAUAUAGGCGCCGUUCAGGAAGGUGCUUUCAUGGAUAUAGGCGACGUUCAGGAGGGUGGUUUAGUUGAUAUAGUCGCCGUUCAGGAGGGUGGUUUAGUUGAUAUAGGCGCCGUUCGGGAGUGUGGUUCUGUUUAUAUAGUCGCCGUUCAGGAGGGUGGUUUAGUUGAUAUUGGCGCCGUUCGGGACGGCGACGUUCAGGAGGUGGGUUUAGUUGAUAUAGGCGCCGUUCAGGAGGGUGGAGGUUUGGCGCCGUUCAUGGAUAUAGGCGACGUUCGGAAGUGUGGUUUCAGUGGUUAUAGUGCCGUUCAGGAGGGUGGUUUAGUUGAUAUAGGCGCCGUUCAGGAGGGUGGGUUCAUGGAUAUAGGCGCCGUUCAGGAGGGUGGUUUCAUGGACAUAGGCGCCGUUCAGGAGGGGUUCGUUGAUAUAGGCGCCGUUCAGGAGGGUGGUUUACUUGAUAUAGGCGCCGUUCAGGAGGGUGGUUUAGUUGAUAUAGGCGCCGUUCAGGAGGGUCGUUCAGUUGAUAUAGGCGCCGUUCAGGAGGGUGGUUUCAUGGAUAUAGGCGCCGUUCAAGAGGGUGGUUCAGUUGAUAUAUGCGCCGUUCAGGAGGGUGGUUUAAUUGAUAUAGGCGCCGUUCAGGAGGGUGGUUUCAUGGAUAUAGGACCCGUUCGGGAGAGUGGUUCAGAUGAUAUAGGCGCCGUUCAGGAGGGUGCUUUAGUUGAUAUAGGCGUCGUUCAGGAGGGUGGUUUACUUGAUAUAGGCGUCGUUCGGGAGGUUGGUUCAGUUGAUAUAGUCGCCGUUCGGGAGGGUGGCUUAAUGGAUAUAGACGCCGUUCAGGAGGAUGGGUUAAUGGAAAUAGGCGCCGUUCGGAAUGGUGUAGAUAUAGGCGCCGUUCGAGACGAUGGUUUAGUGGAUAUAAGCGUCGUUCGGAACACUGGCCUAGUGAAUAUAGGAGUUGAUAAGAGUAUAAUUCUUCAUUAUCUAUCUAUCUAUCUAUCUAUCUCAGGGUCUUACUUAUCUAUCUAUCUAUCUAUCUAUCUAUCUAUCUAUCUAUCUAUCUAUCUAACUAUCUAUCUAUCUAUCUAUCUAUCUAUCUAUCUCAAAUUCUUUAUUAUCUAUCUAUCUAUCUAUCUAUCUAUCUAUCUAUCUAUCUAUCUAUCUCAGGGUCUUAAUUAUCUAUCUAUCUAUCUAUCUAUCUCAAGUUCUAAGUUUUCUAUCUAUCUAUCUAUCUCAGAUUCUUUAUUAUCUAUCUAUCUAUCUAUCUAUCUAUCUAUCUAUCUCAGGGUCUUAAUUAUCUAUCUAUCUAUCUAUCUCAAUUAUCUAUCUAUCUAUCUAUCUAUCUAUCUAUCUAUCUAUCUAUCUAUCUAUCUAUCUAUCUCAGAUAACGCCCUCAUGUUGGCCUUCCUUAAUUUACAUUUAUGUAUUUUUCUACCUCUCUCUCUCUCUCUCUCUCUCUCUCUCUCUCUCUAUUUGCCUUUAUCUCUUUCUUUAACAGCUGUCUGUCUCGUUUGUUUUCAUAUCUGUCUUUCUUCUUUCUUUCUUUUUUCUUUUUAUUCUUUCACUUCUUUCAUGUCUUUCUUUUCUUUCUUUUUUCUUUCUUUCUUUUUUCUUUCUUUCUUUCAUUUCUUUCAUGUAUUUUUCUUUCCUUUCUUUCUUUCUUUCUUUCUUUAUGUCUUUCUUUUCUUUUUUCUUUCUUUCUUUCUUUCAUUUUUUCCUUCUUUCCUUCAUUCUUUUUCUUUCUUGCUUGCUUUCAUUUCUUUCUUUUCUUUCUUUAUUUAUAUUGGGCUCCUCUCUUUCUCUCUCUCCCCUCUUUACCCAAUUAGUCUCUUUCUCUCUCUCUCCCCUCCUUACCCAAUUUCUCUCUUUCUCUCUCUCCCCCUCCUUACCCAAUUUCUCUCUUUCUCUCUCUCCCCCCUCCUUACCCAAUUUCUCUCUUUCUCUCUCUCCCCCCUCCUUACCCAAUUUCUCUCUUUCUCUCUCUCUCUCCCCUCCUUACCCAAUUUCUCUCUUUCUCUCUCUCCCGUCCCUUACUGUUUCUCUUACACUUUUUACAGACUUUCAUUUUUCCACCACCCAUUAAAUCAUAUUUCUCUAUUUAUUUAUCGAGCUAUUUGGUUCCCUCAAAUCCCAUGCCUUCCCAACCAAUUCAAUCGUCGGCCAUUAUCUACCAACAUGGCAUCUAUUGUCGUCUCUCUGCUUCAAUUACAUUUCCUCUCUGAUGUCGCUGUUACUGCAGCUACUGCAUUUUUUUUUUUACCUCUGCAGAAAAGAAUCCUACUUCUCUUGCUGUCAUUUUUGCAACUUUUCUCUCUUUCCAGCUGUGAUUGUCGUAGUAAAAACCUUCUUUCUAAUAGCCUGGCAUUUCCCAAGCUUUUUUUCCUGUGUAUUUCCUUCUCGUUUUCCUCUCCGCUGACAAGUGAUGUAGUCCGAGCGCCUCUUCUCACCGAAACAGUAUGA